AUGGAGGAGCCGACCUUUGUCGAGAACGGUCUCCAGCGACUGAGGCAUCUGACAUGGGCAUGGUUUACCUUUCCAAUGGCGACCGGCGGCCUCGCCCUGCUGCUGUCUCCCAAGAACCAGCCACACACCUUCUCCGGCCUCGAGACCCUCGGUGAAAUCGUCUACAUCGCCGACCUGGUCAUCUUCACCUCCAUCGUCUCGGCGAUCACAUACCGGUUCAUCCGGUGGCCGGGCACCCUCAAAGCGAGUCUGGUGCACCCGACCGAGUCCCUCUUCUUCGGCACGUCCUUCCUCUCGCUCGCCAGCAUCAUCGCCGGCAUGGCCCUGUACGGCAUCGAGCACACGGGCCCGUGGCUGGUGGUGACCUACCGCGUGCUGUUCUGGCUGUAUUUCGCCUGCACGUUCAUCGCCGCCGUCGGCCUGUACUGCAUGCUCUUCACCAACCCCCGCCUCAAGAUCCAAGACAUGACUCCGGCGUGGGAUCUGCCCAUGUUUCCCUUCAUGCUGACCGGCACCAUCGCCGCCUCGGGCAUCGAGUACCAGCCCCGCGACGCCGCCAUGCCAAUGCUCAUCGCGGGACUCACGGCCCAGGGACUCGGCAUGCUCAUAUCGAUGGGCAUGUACGCCAGCUACGUGCGGCGCAUGAUCAACUACGGGUUCCCCUCGCCGGAGUCGCGGCCGGGCAUGUUCAUCGCGGUCGGCCCGCCGAGCUUCACGGCGCUGGCCGUCAUCGGGCUCGCCGACCACUGGCCGCGCGGCUACGACUACUUCGGCGGGCCCGACGACAUCACGGCGCAGGUGGUGCGCAUCCUGGCGCUCCUGACCGCCGUUUUCAUCUGGAGCCUGUCGCUGUGGUUCUGGGCCAUCGCCGUGGUGAGCUGCCUGGCGGUGCGCCGUACGUUCCGCUUCCACCUGAACUGGUGGGCCUUUGUGUUCCCCAACGUCGGCUUCACCCUGGCCACCAUCAACAUCGGCAAGGCCCUGCGCAGCGACGCCGUGUUGUGGGUCGGCUCCGUCAUGACCGUCCUGAUGAUCCUGCUGUACGGGUACGUGCUGGCCAACCACGCCCGCGCCGUGUGGCGCCGCGACGUCCUCUCCGCCGGCAAGGACGAGGAUCACUACCACAAGGAGCGCAUGGAGAAGAUCGAGCGCCUCGGCGGCGACCCGGAGAAAUGUAACUGUGUCACCACGGGUGGUCGAUGA